AAGCCUAGCAAACUCUCGCGUUCUUGCUGUUCAAUUGAUCAGGAAAAGCUUAGCUAGCUAGCUCGCCGUCCGUUCUGGACGUGGUUCUGGAAGACGGUGGAUAUAGCUAGCUAGGUGGCUGAAUUCGUAUUGUGGAAAAAUGGCGGCGGGCAGCGUCAACCCGUUUAAUCUCAGUGAUUCUGAAGAGGAAACGGAGCGGAGACCGGAUGGCGCUGACGAACGCAGCCCAAGUGAUGGACCACAAGGCCAGAGUACCAACCCGUUCUCCCCGCAAGCGGACAGUGAGCCAGCGGUAUUACUACUAUCUAGCACCCGAACCAGUCCCAGUGUGGAAGGCAUCUCAGUUUCAACUGCAGCAGCCGCUGCCAUAGGAGGCAACGCAGAGACUCGGGUUCCUGUGGAUGUGAUCGCUGCCCAGCUCCUCCGGGAUCAAUACAUCCUGACGGCCCUUGAAUUACAUACGGAACUACUAGAGGCAGGCAGAGACCUUCCUCGGUUGCGGGAUUACUUUUCGAAUCCAGGCAACUUUGAAAGGCAGAGCGGAACUCCGCCCGCUUGCAAAGAGCAAGGACUUGGUCCUGUUGGAGCGCUCACAGCACAGGUGCAGGAUAGGAAAAGAAGAAAAAACGAUGCUGCCAAUGCACGCGAUCGCGCCGGAAGCAUCAGCACCUUGGACUCGCUGGACUUUGCCCGCUACUCCGAUGACGGCAACCGGGAGUCCGACGAGAGGGUGGCAGUCCUGGAGUUUGAACUACGGAAAGCCAAGGAGACCAUUCAGGCUCUGCGCGCCAACUUGACUCAGGCAGCAGAGUGUGAAGUUUCCUCUCAGGAGAGAAAAAACUUCAAAUCCAGCCCUGAAAUUCAGGAACCCAUCCGCUCUCUUGAAAAAAGAGCCUUAAAUUUUUUAGUGAAUGAAUAUUUAAUGAAAAAUGAAUAUAAGUUAUCGUCCAUAACAUUCUCCGAUGAAAAUGAUGACCAGGACUUUGAAUUAUGGGAUGACGUGGGACUCAACAUCCCAAAGCCGCCCGAUCUUAUACAGCUAUACCGUAACUGUGGCAACAGCUUGUCGUCUUCCAAGGAGACUGUGGAUGUGGCGGUCGGGGUGGAGGCCGGAGAACUGGGAGGGGACUACAUCUCCCAGCAGCCCUUGCAGAAAGCUGAAACCAUACAGCAAACAGAGGUAGUGGAGGAGUUGGAGUACCAGAUCAGCCUUUUAAACAACGAGAAACAGACCCUAGCCGAGCAGAUCAAGAAACUGCAAUGCGAAAUCCAGGAACUGAAGAAGAAUGUCUCGGCCCCGCUAUCCGUCGGCACGGAGACGGGCCAGUCCCGGUCGGACUCGGCGGCGGAGGACCGGCCGUCGCUGGACAACGGGCAGUAUCUGGACAUGCGGGGCGUGACGGAGGGAGACGAGGGGAGGGGCUCCAGCGCUAGCCCCGCCUCUGCACCACCCACAUCCACAGCCCGCCACAGCAAGUUAAAAAGCCAGUCGCCCGGACACAAGGAGCCCGUCCAGUUUGACCAGCCCAACAGGAAGCUGUCCCCUGCCUUCCACCACGCCCUCCUGUCCUUCUGUCGGAUGUCUGCGGACAGUCGCCUCGGCUCAGAGGUGUCCCGUAUUGCGGACAGUGAGGAGAGUGUGAUGCUGAUGCUGGGCCGCUGUCUUCCCCACAUCGUCCCCAACGUCCUGCUGGCCAAGCGCGAGAGAAUGGUUGCGCACCUGUGUAAGGAGCUGAUCCCGCUCAUCCUGUGUACGGCCUGCCUGCACCCAGAGCCCAAAGAGAGAGACCAGCUGCUUCACAUCCUCUUCAACCUCAUCAAGAGGCCCGAUGACGAGCAGAGGCAGAUGAUCCUGACUGGCUGUGUGGCGUUCGCCAGGCAUGUGGGGCCCACGCGUGUAGAAGCCGAACUUCUGCCACAGUGCUGGGAACAGAUUAACCAUAAGUACCCGGAGCGGAGGCUGCUGGUGGCUGAAGCCUGUGGAGCCCUGGCCCCCUACCUGCCGAAGGAGAUCCGCAGCUCGUUAGUGCUGUCCAUGCUGCAGCAGAUGUUGGCGGAGGACAAGGCAGACCUGGUGCGGGAGGCGGUGGUCAAGAGCCUGGGCAUCAUCAUGGCCUACAUCGACGACCCUGAUAAGUACCCUCAGGGCUUUGAGAUGAUGCUGUUGUCUCUGGGUGACCCGUCGGAGCGGGUUGUGAACGCCACUCACCAGGUGUUCAUUCCUGCAUUCGCCGCCUGGACCACAGAGCUGGGCAACCUGCAGUCCCAACUUAUCCCAUCACUGCUCAGCCGCAUAGAGAAACUACUGAAGCAGGGGGAGCAUGGUCUGGAUGAGCACAAGCUGCACAUGUUCCUGUCGGCACUGCAGUCUCUGAUUCCACCGCUGUUCGCCGUAGUGCUGCAGAACGCUCCUUUCACCAGCAGAGCCAAACUACAGGGAGAGGCACCCGGCAUAGAGGUGACCCGUUUCCCGCGGCCGGCGUCUCCUCUGCAGGACGUGUCCACCAUCGUGGGCAGUCGGGAGCAGCUGGCCCUCCUGCUGCAGCUCUACGACCACCAGCUCCUGCACGAGGGGACCACCGGCUGGGACAGCCUGCUCUGGGUGGUCAACCAGCGAUUGCCUCAGAUCAUUGAGAUAGUGGGCCGUAUCAACGUGACCUCAUCCACCUGCGUUCACGAGUUUUCCAGAUUCUUCUGGCGCUUGUGCCGGACGUUUGGGAAGAUCUUUACCAACACCAAGGUAAAGCCUCAAUUCCAAGAAAUCCUUCGUCUGUCCGAGGAGAACGUGGACGCCUCAGCUGGCAAUGGCAUUCUGACCAAGGCCACUGUGCCCAUCUAUGCAACAGGGGUACUGACCUGUUACAAUCAGGACGAGGAGCGCAAGCUGCUGGUGGGCUUCCUAGAAGAUGUCAUGACCACCCUGUCGCUGUCUCAUGCUCCCUUGGACAGCCUCAAGGCCUCCUUCGUGGAGCUGGGGGCUAACCCGGCCUAUCACGAGCUUCUGCUGACCGUGCUAUGGUACGGGGUCGUGCACACCUCCGCCCUGGUGCGCUGCACGGCCGCCCGCAUGUUCGAGCUGAUUCUCCGAGGCAUGAAUGAAGCCUUAAUUGACAAGCGAGUAGCCCCGGCCCUAAUUACCUUGUGCAGUGGUCCUGAAUUCUCUGUGAGGAUAUCCACCAUCCCAGCGUUUGGAACCAUUAUGGAGACCGUCACACAAAAAGAGCUGCUGGAGAGGGUCAAGAUGCAGCUGGCGUCCUUCCUAGAGGACCCGCAGUAUCAAGACCAGCACUCGUUGCACAUGGAGAUCAUCAAGACGUUCGGGAGGGUUGGUCCCAACGCCGAGCCGCGAUUCAGGGAUGACUUCGUUCUUCCACAUUUGCACAAGCUGGCCCUGGCCAACAACGUGCAGACGGCCGACAACAAGCGGAUCGAUAUUGCCACGCAGCUCUUCGAGGCGUACAGCGCCCUGUCCUGCUGUUUCAUUUCAGAGGACCUGAUGGUGAAUCACUUCCUUCCUGGGCUGAGGUGCUUAAGAGCCGAUAUGGAGCAUUUUUCCCCUGAACAUGAGGUUAUUUUGAGCUCCAUGAUUAAAGAGUGUGAGCUGAAGGUGGAAAACAAGGGUGUCGGGGAGGCGCAAGGCUCAAUGUCGAUUGCCGCGAGUCUCGUUGGAGAAGAUGCCAAGACGAAGUUCCUUAGCAAGAUGGGCCAGCUGACCACCUCUGGCGCCAUGCUGGCCAACGUUUUCCAGAGAAAGAAAUGAGCUGCUGCUUUUACGGGGGCCAAUUUCCCAUGAUCCUUCUCUGUCUGGGGGACCCUCUACUUGAAGUCAAUCGUCUGCCUUUAUUUCGUUGGUCUGUCUCAAUUUUUGAUAGGCUCUAUUUUAUAUCUUUAUUUAUGUGGCAUAACUUUAUUCCAACCUCCAAAGAUUUGCACUUCACUUACUUUGUUUUAUUGCAGUCUUAUAAAACCAACACUACUGUUGUUUUGCCUCUUUCUGUUUUGUUUUUGUCCUUUUGCUAAAUCUUCCUGAUUCCCUCCUUGUCUGGUCCUUGCUCUGUGUUGCCGUGUCUCCUGGGUGUUUCUUUUCUAAAAGCAGGUGUCUUUGGGUAUCUUUUCCUUCAUUUUGGAUAUGCUCUAACAGUAAAUAUCUGUAUUAUACACUGAAUAAAGAGGACAGUACAGCUAUUAUGUACAUUUAAAAAUUGGUGUCAUCUAAUAAUUAAAAUAAUGAGAAACACUUGUA